CCAGCCACAAUGUCCUCUCCUUUGAGACUAGCUUUUUAUCAGCCACAUAAGGCAGCUCCCACUGGCCAAUCACCGCCACCGCGUCCUCCCUCGCCGACGGUCGUGGUCCGGUCCUUUCUUCUCUUGCUCGACUCUCUGUUGCCCCCCAACUCAACCUGUAUUCUAUCUCCCUGAGUCGGGUACUGCUGGGUGCUAGAUCGGCUGCUCAUCGCAAAUCUCCCCCUUUCCUCUCCGCAGGCCCACUAUUCUACUCUCCGCCGAGCAGAAGGACCUUUCCGAUCAGCCACGAUGAGUCUCCGCGACCUGGUCGAGGGUGAGGCCCUGCUAGACGAUGAGGAGAAUGACGAGGAGGUCUCCGGAGACUAUGACGAGGAUCGCCGCGACGGACCGAGCAAUGAGCGCCACUAUGAUGACUCGAGCGAAGAGGACGAAGACGAAGACGACGAUGAAGACGCCGCGCGCGCCGUCCGCGAAGGCUUUAUCGUUGACGAAGAUGAAGAGAUCGAGGAGCGCACCAAGCGCAGGUCCGAGAAGAAACGGCCACGUGCUCGCGAAGAGGAACAUCUCGAUGAGGAAGAUCUGGAAUUGAUUGGCGAGCAUGUCCCUGGUCUGAGCCGGGGCACAACGUCUGAUCAAUCCAAAUUCAAACGCCUAAAGCGAGGCCGAGAUCGCGACCACCGCGGACCGUCCCAAGGCAUCGACGACAUGUUCAAUUCCGACGACGAGGAGGAAGCGGCGCCGCAGUAUAGCCGGCCCAGCCACCGCGGUGGACGGAGACACGAUGAGAUGGACGAUUUCAUUGAGGAAGACACAUUCUCCGACGAGGAGGCCCAACGUGAACGUGAUGACCUCGAAGUUGCGGCCCCCGUCCGAGCAACCGUGCCAGGUCUAGGAGCGACGGAGGCAGCGGGUCUAGAUGAGAAUGCGGUUGAAGAUCUGCGCGCUGCCUUUGGUGAUGGCGAGGACUACAGAUUUGCUUUGGAUAUUGAAGAGCAGGAAGAUGAAGAGAAGCAAGACGAGGAUCGCCAUCUCGACCUGAAGGACAUCUUCGAGCCGUCCCAGUUGGCGGAGAAGAUGUUGACGGAAGACGACAACCAGAUCCGUCUUCGGGAUGAGCCCGAACGCCACCAGAUUGCUCGUGAGCCGUAUCGCCAUGUCACUUUGACGGAGGACCAAUUCCGCGAGGAGGCCUUGUGGAUUUCUCAACUCAUGUUGCUAAAGAAGCGCAUCGAGCCCGAGUUACGUGAGCCAUUCCAACGGUCAGUGGCCAAGAUGCUCGAGUUUUUGAUCACAGACGAUUACGAAGUUCCUUUCAUCUUCCAGCAUCGCAAGGACUACAUGAUUCACGCGGUCAAGGAGCCGCUCAAUGGGGCCAAUCCCGACGACGAAUCUGCCCAGUACAACAUCCGCGCCGAGAAACUGCUGAACAUGACCGAUCUGUGGGAUAUUUUUGACUACGACCUCAAGUUCCGUGCGCUGGUCGACAAGCGCAACACUAUUCAAAAGUCUUACGACAGUUUGCAAAGUCUUGCCAAUGUCAAUGACGCCAUUGUGGACGAUCUAUUGGUUGCAGCCACUUCUAUGGAGGAGCUUCAGGAUGUGCAGGACUACAUCCAUUUCCAAUAUGCUUCUCAGCUUCGCGACCUGUCCGCAAUUAAUGGCGAUGCCAAUGGAGAAACCCAGCGACGCAAGGCCAGCAGCAAGACUUUCUUCGAAAGAGUCCGAAAUGGAAAUGCAUACAACCUUGUUCGCGCUUUCGGCCUCACUGCUGAUGCCUUCGCACAGAAUGCCUCGAAGGAGGGCCGCCGACAAUAUACCGAGGAUCCCAGUGAGCGACCAGAGGAGUUGGCUGAUCAAUUCGUGGAUACGGACUUCUCCAACUCUGAUCAGGUUCUCAAGGCCGCCAAGUCUAUGUUUGCCGAGGAACUCGUGGUGAGCCCCAAAAUGCGCAAGGUCAUCCGGCAGGCAUACUACAUGAAUGGCGUCGUCGACUGCUUCCGCACUGAAAAGGGUUUGCGCCGAAUUGACGAGCAACACCCAUACUACGAAUUUAAGUACUUGCGGAACCAGCAGCUCAGCGACAUUGCGCGUCGCCCUGAAAUGUUCCUGCGGAUGCUCAAGGCCGAAGAAGAAAACCUGGUGGAAGUGAAGGUUCGCUUUGAGAAUUUCGACCAGUUCAAGCAGCGCAUGUAUGCCGACAUUGAGUCCGAUAACUACUCGGAAGUUGCGGAUGCAUGGAACCGUCUCCGUCGGGAUGUGCUGGAUCUGGCGCUCGGCAAACUGGAGCGUUUGAUCAAUCGCAGCGUGAAGGAGAACAUUCGACAAGAGUGUGAGAACCAUGUAGCGAAGGAGUGCCGUGAGGCGUUCUCGCAACGGUUGGACCAGGCUCCUUACAAGCCAAAGGGUAUGGUUCUGGGCACAGUACCACGGGUUCUCACCUUGUCUAUUGGAACUGGCGUUAUGGGCCGAGACCCCAUCCACUGGGCCUACAUUGAGGAAGAUGGCCGUGUUCUCGAGAACGGCAAAUUUUCGGAUCUAUCGGUGGGAGAUCAGACCCGCAGCAUUAAGGAUGGCGCGGAUGUACGUGCUCUCUUGGACUUGAUCGACCGCCGCAAGCCCGAUGUUCUCGGUGUCUCCGGUAUGACACCGGAGACUCGGCGCCUUUAUAAGAUUCUGACCGAGUUCGUCGAUCUAAAAGACGUUCGAGGAGCGCCUUACACCGAUGAUCAUGACGAAGAAAUAAGCGACCGCCUCGAGGUCGUCAUCGUCAAUGAUGAGGUUGCUCGGUUGUACCACAACAGCCCUCGAGCCCAGAAUGACAACCCCGGCUUUGGGCCGUUGACCCAUUACUGUGUGGCGCUAGGCCGGUAUCUACAGAGCCCUCUCAAGGAAUAUGCCUCAUUGGGCCGCGAUAUUGUCUCUAUUCAAUUUAAGCCUGGUCAGCAGCUGGUGUCUCAGGAGCUUCUAAUCAAGCAGCUCGAGACGGCUCUGGUCGAUAUGGUCAACUUGGUCGGUGUAGAUCUGAACGACGCGGUCAAUGACCCCUUGACUGCGAAUCUCGUUCCAUACGUUUGUGGUCUCGGCGAGCGAAAGGCGGCUCACCUGCUGAAGAUUGUCAACAUGAAUGGGGGCGUUGUGAACAACCGUCAGGAGCUGUUGGGUUUCAACGUACAGUACCCGGCCAUGUCUCCUCAAGUAUGGAGCAACUGUGCCAGCUUCCUCUUCAUUGACUUCGAGAGUGUUGAUUCGGAUGCGGACCCGCUGGACAACACCCGUGUGCAUCCUGAAGAUUACGAUAUCGCUCGCAAAAUGGCUGCCGAUGCUCUUGAGCUAGAUGAGGAAGAUAUCAAGGCUGAGACGGACGAGAACGGUGCUGGUGCCAUUGUGCGCAAACUGUUCCGUGAGGAUCAACAAGACCGUGUCAACGAUCUCAUCCUGGAAGAGUAUGCCGAGCAAUUGGAGAAGAACCUCAACCAGCGCAAACGUGCCACUCUCGAAACGAUCCGCGCAGAAUUGCAACAGCCCUACGAGGAGCUCCGCAAACAAUUUGUUUUCCUGAGUACCGAUGAUGUUUUCACUAUGCUGACCGGUGAGACACCCGAGUCUCUCAAGGCCGGUAUGGUGGUCCCCAUUGCACUCAAGCGAGUGUUCGAGGACCAUAUUGAUGCGAAGCUGGACUGUGGAAUCGAUGCGCUGGUCGCAGAGACCGAACUUGGGUUGCCCUACGACCUUCCCGUGCGCAAUGUCUACACGCCUCACCAGACGGUUCCCGCCAAGAUCAUCUUCCUGAACCGCAAGAGUUUCACUUGCAAUGUUUCUCUGCGUGAGGACCAGGUCACCAAUCCCGUUCGCAACGUCCCUGAUCAUGGCUUUGGUGAUUGGGAUGAGGCGCAAGAGCGCAAGGACCGCGAUUCCAUGCAAGCGAAGGAGCAGCAGAGUGGACAGGCCAUGCGUGUGAUCAAGCAUCCGCUCUUCAAGCCCUUCAACUCCACCCAGGCGGAGGAGUACUUGGGCUCUCGCAGCCGUGGUGAUGUCGUUAUCCGUCCCUCGUCUCGUGGCCCUGAUCAUCUGGCUGUCACUUGGAAGGUGGCGCAAGGCGUGUACCAGCAUAUCGACGUUCUCGAGCUGGAUAAGGAAAACGAGUUCUCGGUGGGUCGUGUGUUGCGCGUUGGCGGCAAGUACAGCUACAGUGAUCUCGACGACCUCAUUGUCAACCACGUCAAGGCGAUGGCGAAGAAGGUCGACGAGAUGGUGCUGAAUGAGAAGUACAAGGAGGUCAGCAAGGCCGAGACCGACCAAUGGCUCGAGACUUAUACCAAGGCCAACCCUCGUCGCUCGGCUUAUGCUUUCUGUAUCAACCCCAAAUACCCCGGCUACUUCUUCCUUUGUUUCAAGGCGGGUGAGCACUCGCGUCUCCAGAAUUGGCCCGUCAAGGUGAUCCCCCAGGGUUACGAACUGCAGAAGAACCCAUACCCGGACAUGCAAGCCCUGUGCAAUGGGUUCAAGUUGAUGUUCAGCAACAUGCAACGCCGGAGAUAAACGAGGAAGACGACCGCCUGUACAGUGUACCAUUUUCAAUCUCGAUUUUUUUUUUUCUUUUUUCGAUGCCCUUUCUGUCAGCUUUGGGAGUGGGUUUUUGAGGGGGAAAAAAUUAGGAAAAAGCGCUUCAAGGAAAGAAACAAAACAUCAGAUCGGCAUAUUAGCACUUUUUCUACUUGGGUUCGAUCUUCUUGGAUGUCUCUGCCUCUCCCCCACGGAACCCUUCUGUCACCCUUUUAUCUGUUCUGUCUCGUUCUCUGCCUUUAAUCUGAUACACCUUCUGGUCGUUUGGGGGGAGGGGAGCAUUGGGCAUUUCUGUAACCAUUAGGAAGUUUUACCAAAUACGAGCAUUUUUGCACGGGAUAUCUAAUUAGUAUAGAGUAGAGUGAAUGUAUCAUGUCAAUGG